UUUAUCUCAGGGUGGAGCUUAGUUUCUAAACCGUUCAUCUAAACCAAACCCUUUAAAAACGGUCCAAGGUGUCCAAUGAUUUCAAAUAUACCCUUAUAUGAUUAACUCCUUUGAAACUCCCAGGCAACUAGUGUCCAAAGAGCGGUUCUACGAUGAUCUGUUACACAACCUGGUGAACCACAGGAGCCGGAAAUGGGAAUCCUUGGUCCGCUUGGGAACGUCUUGUAACGGGUCACAUGCAUAUCUGCACGACAUUGGUGGGGGAUUAUGUGAGAAAAAUUUUCGCCACUUUAACAGAUUGGGCAAAUACCCCGUAUAACCCGUAAAAACUUUUCUUGAUGUCGUCAUUUGAACUGAGCGAGGCUUAUAUUGUGCCCCGGAAAAUUCUCAGAGGAUUGUUAAUGUCAACCUGAUGUUGAGGCUCCGCAAGUAUUUGUAUGUCUUGUCCUGUGCAGUUCACACAUAAGCAUAACCGGAAUCCUUUUCAAGCCUUAAUUUUAAAACUACCUAACCCCCC